CGGGGAUCACUGGGAAUUGUAGUUCUCUCUCCCGUUCUCUGAGGCGAGAACGCCUCCUUGCCUUGUGGCUUCUUUAGUCUGUAAGGCGGCGGAACAUGGCUGGACGCUGGCUCUGGGCGGCCCCACGGACCCUGCAGCGACUCGCGGGCCGCCGCACUCCGGGCCCGAGCAGAGGCUGUACACCCGCCUUCAGCACAGCUGCUCAGAGUAGUGCUGGAGAGGACAGCGGCUCCACUGACCCUCCUGCUGACCCAGGCCCCUUAUUGGCCGAAGAAGCGCUGGAACACAAAGCCCUCCGACUGCAAAAGGAAGUCCGAGAUUUAACUGAAAGAUACCAGAAAGCUCUGGCUGAUUCUGAACAUGUACGAAGGCGCACACAGAAAUUUGUGGAAGAUGCCAAGAUAUUUGGGAUCCAGAGUUUCUGCAAAGAUUUGGUAGAGAUCGCAGAUAUCUUGGAGAAGGCCACCAAGCAUAGCUCUGGGGAAGCAGAGCCAGGGGACCAGAAGCCAACCCUCACGAAGGUCUUUGAAGGACUCUCCCUCCUCCAGGCUAAGCUUCAGAGUGUAUUUGCUAAGCAUGGUCUGCAGAAAAUGACUCCCAUUGGUGAUAAGUAUGACCCAUAUGACCAUGAGAUCGUUUGUCACAUACCAGCCGAUGGAGUACAGCCAGGCACAGUGACACUUGUUACCCUAGAUGGCUAUAAACUUCAUGGUCGAACCAUCAGACCUGCCCAAGUGGGUGUGGCUGUUGAGACACAGGAAUGAUGGGGUCUGGGACCUGGGGAAAUUUACAUUCUUUCUUCUUGCACAGAACACAGCCCCUUUGUUUCCUUUAUUUAUUACACAGAUUUGUAUUAUAAUUGGGAUAUUUUGCCCUAUCUAUUUUGAGUUUAAUCUAUGUAGUGGGAAAAAAACCAUAUUCUUGUCAGUUCUGACAUGUGGUGAGUCAUAUUACUUCUGAGCUAUAAAAUGAGGGGUUUGCACUAAACAAUUUCUAAGGUACCUUGCAGCUUUAAUUUUAUAAUCAUAUGAAUAUAAGUUCAAUAUUAUGGCAUUUAGUUGGUUUAAUGUAACAUUUCCUUUGACUUCAUCAGAAGCCCUAUCAUUGGCCUUUAAAAUGCAUGUUGGAUAAAGUUAUUUAUUAAUAACCGUACACUAGUGUCUUUCAGGUAGAAAGACAGAACAAAGUGUCAUAUAGUGUGUGUUUGUAAUUGAAUUUAAUUCUGUGAUGUGUCUCUCUUCUACCCAUUCCUACUUCCCUAUAUUCCCUAAUACCAAUUCAAAAUUACCUUAAUGGAAAGUGUACUGAGCCAGGAAUAUGUAGACAUGUUUAUUAUAUAUUCUGCCUCUGUUAUGUGAUCUUGCACAAGUCUCCUCUCCUCUGAACCUCAUCAGUAAAAUUAUGGAUGUUA